AUGUCCGCCCAUAUGGAAUACGUCAGACUCGGCACGAGCGGCCUCAAAGUCUCCAAGAUCAUCCUCGGCUGCAUGACCUUCGGUUCCCCGACAUGGGAAUCCUCCCCCUGGACCCUGGGCGAGGAAGACGGCCUCGAGCUCCUCAAGGCCGCCUACGACGCGGGCAUCAACACCUGGGACACGGCGGACACGUACUCCAACGGCCAGUCGGAGGUGAUCAUCGGCAAGGCGCUCAAGAAGUUCAACAUUCCGCGGCAAAAGGUCGUCAUACUGUCCAAAAUCUUCAACCCCGUCAUGGACGACGAUUCAAGACCGCCGAGCGUCAACGACGGGCCAAUGGUCAACCUCAUGGGUCUCAGUCGCAAACACAUCUUCCACGCCGUCGACAGCAAAAGACCAACACAGCCAGACGUCCUCCAAAUUCACCGCCUGGACCGCGAGACGCCCCCCGAAGAAAUCAUGCGCGCCCUGAACGACGUGGUCCAGUCCGGCAAGGUCCGCUACCUAGGCGCCUCGUCCAUGUAUACCUGGGAGUUUGCCCGGCUGCAGUACGUCGCGCGCGCACACGGCUGGACAGAGUUCAUCUCGAUGCAGCCCUUCUACAACCUCCUCUAUCGCGAGGAGGAACGCGAGAUGCUGCCCUUUUGCCGGGCGAGCGGCGUCGGCGUCAUCCCGUGGAGUCCCAUCGCUAGGGGUCUGCUAGCGAAGCCGCUGGGCGAGGAGUCGGUGCGGAGCAAGAUGGACAAGAAGAAGGAUCUGUGGUUCGCGGAUGCCAACCUGGACAUUGUCGGGAGGGUGGAGGAGGUUGCGAAAAAGAGGGGCGUUAGCAUGGCGGUUGUGGCGACGGCGUGGGUGCUGAGGCAAGGCUGUUGGCCGAUUCUGGGUCUGAGUUCUGUAAAAAGGGUGACGGAGGCUUGCGAGGCUUUGAAGAUGAAGUUGACUGACGAAGAGGUUGAGUACCUGGAAGGCGAGUACCGACCGAGGGCGAUCCAGGGCAUGUAA